AUGACUUCAAAUGAUAUAAUAAAUGAAUCAAAUGAUAAUGAUGCAUUCUCAAAAAUAAAAGAAAAUAAAAAUGAAGAAACUGUGAAAAAAGUAAUAGACAAUAUUUCUCUCGAAAAUGAAAGUGACAACAAUUGUGAAAACAGAGAAAAACGAGAACGAAGUUUAUCUAACGGUUCUUAUAGGCGUGGAAAAAAAAAAAUGUGUUGUUGUCAUGAAAAAAGCAUGUCAAAAUGCUCCACCAAAAAUGAUAAAAGUAGUUCAUCAUCUAGGAGUAAAAAUGCGGACACUCUAAGUACUGCUUCAACAGGAAUUAUUGAAUAUGGAAGUAACUCAAAAAAUAUAAAUGAACCAUUUAAAUUUUUCAUUGGAGGAAUUCCACAAAAUAUUACAAAUAAAUAUAUAACCGAAUAUUUUGAAAAAUAUGGAUCUGUGCAAAAUGUAGUUAUCGCACAAGAUCACGAGACAAAAAGGAACAGAGGGUUUGCCUUUGUAACCAUGUCAUCUCAUAUAAAUAAAGAUAAAAUAUUAAUGGAUUCUCACGAAUUGAAUGGGAAACGAGUGGAUGUUCGUGAGGAACACAAUACGACACCCUCAGAUAUUCAAAGAAAAAUAUUUGUAGGGGGUUAUUUUUCGGCAUUUGGAGAAAUAGAUAUAGUACAAAUUGUUGUAGAUUCUAGUGGUAGAUCUCGAUGUUUUGGUUUUGUAGUUUUCACAAAUGAAUCAUCAGUUGCAAAAGUUCUCAAGCACAAAAGGCAUAAAAUUUAUGAUAAAAUGGUUGAAGUUAGAAAAGCCGAACCUAAGAAGCCAAAAAUGUCUAUAAAACGACAAAAUAAUAAAAGUCAUUCCAAAUAUUCCCACCCGCCUCCUUUUAUGGGUCCUUUCCCUUAUAAUAAAGAAAGUAUGACUCAGUGGGCAAAUUUUAUGUACAAUGCAUGUGGGGUACCUUUUUUAUUUAACCAAAGGUUUCAAAACGUUCCAGAUUUUUAUUCUAACUAUAAUUAUUAUCCAAAUUCGAUUGAAAAUAUGCAACAACCGGAUUAUAACAAUUAA